AUGUCUAUCUUCUCGUCGAAGAAGAAGCAGCCAGACGACAAGAGCAAGCCGCAAGCUACUACAACCACAACCACCAACAGCAAUGGCGCAAACGGCACGGCGAAACCAGUCAAACCCACCGUCCAGACGCGCGGUCCUCCACCCAGGAAUGCACAGCCUGGCAUAUCGCAGCAGUCCGGCGCCCCACUCAGUCCUGCUGAACGGACAGCGCAGCGAGCGGCGUUGAUGGCAGCGAGUCGGCAGCGCAUGAACGACAGCAGUAAUCCGGACUAUUCGAUCAGCGGCAGUUUCAGCUCGUCGAAGGGGCGCAGCUCGCAUCCGUCGGAGGAGAAGGCUCAGCCCGUCAAGAGCUCGCACAAGACACUCGUGAAAUCGCCGGAGGGGAAGAAGACGAAAGGGAGUCCUGAGAAAGAGCCAAAGGAACCAAAAGACUCUAAGCCUUCGACACACUUCUUCUCAGCAGCGACUUUUUCGAGGAAGUCUGCUCCGCCGUCGGAGCAUCGGGGAUCGGUUGAGAAGGACGAGGGAGUGGUUGAUACGAUUGGAUCUGUCGAGAAGACUCCAGCUUUGCCGUCCGAGAGUACGGCGCCUGGGUACACCGUCGGAGGAGACGAUAAUACUUCCGCUCGAGGACAGCCGACGCCUCAGCCCUCGGAAGACUCGGGAUACGGGUCUGCGGCUCGGUCGGUGGUGAACACUUCUCAGACCGAUGGUGAGGCCCAAGCAGCUCCGAAGGCCAGGACUGCUUCAUUACCACGUGUUGACAGUGGUGUUGCUCCAAAGCUGAACUCGGCUUCGACAAGAAGGCCCGGGCAAGAAGACAAAUCUCUAGUCGCACCACCUGACGCGAAGACUCGAUCUAGAGGAGGUAGCAAGUCUGGUGUCUACGUCUCGAGGCUGGAUCCAGGUCCUAGCGGUUCGGACUUCGCAUCGAGGCUCGUCAACUUCAGCAAGCCUUCGUCCGAGGCAUCCAGACUGGGGGACUCGAAGAAGCCUGCCACACAGACAACUCAGUCUCGCGAGACUGGUCCAGCUCCAUCCGAACAGAUGAACAGUCGCGGACGAAGCACUGCGCAGAAGCCUGCCCAGUCGCCGGUCGCUCAGUCUUUUGACAGGCCGCAACCUCAGUACGCACAAGCAGAGCGCUCUGUGUCAUCCUCGCGGUCCGUCGAAAGACCCAAACCAUAUCCAACGCAGGCUGCAGAUACGUCUUCGUUCUAUACAGCACCAACGGGGACGCGGACGCCUGAAGGUCCCAGGACGUACACCCCAACUUCAAUGACUUCAGCUGGAGCUGAGCAGCAAUAUAAUUAUUCGCCAACUGCAGCGAAGUCUCCUGUCUCCUCUCGCUUCGCCGAUGGGGCCACUCUAGCGGCUCUACAGUCGAAGUACUCGGACUCCCAAAGAACGGUCGACACUAAUCCGGUACCGAACGUUAACCACGGUAACCAGCUGUCCUACCAGCCGCUGCAAUCCCCCACAAUGCCGCCACCCAACCACCACACCAGCACAUCAACCAUAUCCGACCAGUCUGCAAGACGCUCCACCCUCCCCCCUGUCUCUGCACUCGAAGGCUACAAAGUCAACAAGCGCGGCCAGAUCCUCGACGAAGAGGGCUCUGCGAUCGGCGAGCUGUUCGAAGGCGACCUGAUCGACUGUGUCCGCCAGAAAGUCAAUGCGGACGGUGAAGUGAUUGAUGAGUUUGGCAGUGUUGUUGGACGUGUCAGACCCGUUCGACGCGCUGGCGUUGCUUCUGCUGUGAGGUACUCGGAGGAGAGUCAGAGAUCUGCGUUUCAGUCGCCGGUUUACAGGACGCCGAUGUUUUCGGCUGCGGCUUCGGUGCAUAGGCGGGAGUCGAACGCCUCCCAGAUGACGGGCAUGCAGUCGCCGAUGGGUAUGGGGCAGCAGAGAGCUGUGCCGAGUGGGAUGGCGGCGCAGACGAUUGUUUCGCCGCUGGAUGGGCAGGGCAAUACGUUUAUCGCGGAACUGGACGCUUCGACAGAAGCAGAGGCGUUCCCGAUUAUGGACCACAGCGACAUCUUCGUGCCGACCUUUGGAUCUUCCCAGCGGUCACAAAGUCCAUCACAACUGAUGAAGGCCGAACUACCAGCGGUCGAACGACGACGAUCCUCAGACCACUCGCAAUACAGCGACGACACACCACCCCUCGAGCAGAAGCCCAAGAAAUGGGCGUCCCGCUACUUCGACCCCGGCCCGAACGAAGUAUCCCAAUCGCCAGUGGCAUCACGCCGCAACUCCAAGAGCCCUGCUGCCAACAGACGAACAAGCACGAUGGACUCCCAAUUCACCGCCCGCCGCGCGUCAGCCGUCGAACCAGUCCCCAAGCGCGCCUCGACAAUGGACUCCCAAUCCGCCUCUCUCCCCCGCCGCGCCUCCCAAUCCACCAUCCCGCCCACCCCGACCGUCCCCUCUGCCCCCGUCCCCGCCAUCAAAACAGAAGCGAAGCAAGCUCCCAACGGCUACAAAGCCGUCCUCGGCCCCACGCUCGAAGACCUUGCGGAAGAAUCACCCUCCCGCUCCUUAUCUGCGACAAGCAAAGCGAGCAAAUCCACCAGCAACCUGCACGCCGAUGCCCAGCGUCUGAGCGUCGCGAACGGUGCCAGCCCUGUGGGCUCGAGGAGGGCGAGUCUGCAGAUGGGGAGUAGUCUGCAUCCGCAGAGCGCGAGGGCGAGUUAUGCGCCUGUUCGGCGGAGUCCUCUGUCAAACUACGAAGCCACACCCCCCGGCUCCUCUUCCUCAACCACGCAAACCGCCGCGCCGAGCCGCAGCCCCAGCGCCCGCGCCGCUGCCUCCGUUCCCCGAGGCGAUUUGAGCACGCAACGAGGGGGCGAAGAUGAGGAUGGCGAGGACGCGGCGCCCGCGCCGGAUAUUCUGCGCUCGAAGCCGAAGGUAGCGGGGAAGAGCGAGAAGAGGGGCAAGAGUCCGAAGCCGCCUAAGGGGAAGGAGAAGGAGCUUGCGCCUGCGGCUCGCCCUGGGGCUGGGAAUUUGGAUACAGUGGAAAAGGCGAAGGUGGUGGAGAAGAGGAAGUCGAGGUUUAGUUUUAUGCGGUAG